ACAACUCCUUCACUAAGAACGCUCUAGAGAGAGAAUAGGAAGAGAGAGAAGCUCUAAAGAUGGGGUUUACGAACCCCCGACCACCGGAACCACCCAAUCCGCCCAUCCCUCCUCUGCUCUUCUCUAGUCUUCAACCACCCAUGGCUCCCAACGUUACGGCAUCCAUCGGCGCCGCUGUUUUUCGCACAACUCAAGUGGAGAAGAUGAUGUUCUACCUUCCCCAGCCACCUACCCAGAAAAGAUGCCAUAGCCGACACCUUCGAAUUACCCACCACCGACGAAGGGAUUGGUUUUCAAUCCAGUGUUUAUAUACACCUGCGAUGCUACAACAUCAUUUCUAUGUACACCGCUCGGUCGGUGAAAUUACUGAAGGCUAUGGUUACAUGGUACAGGAGCUUGGUUUAUCUUUCAAUGAGUCAGAUCAUCACUUGCCAAGACACUUCAAUUUGGGUGUGCGUUUGGAUAAAUAUAUUGCCAUGGUUAAGCAAUAUAACACUUAUUGCAAUGAUAUAUACUAUUAGAUUAUCGCCCUAUGAGUAUGUGACCAGUGAUUGGUUAAUUUUUGUCUUGCAAUUACUGAGAUGUAUACUUCAUUUCAUGCCAUGCCAUAGUAUAAAGAUUGCUCCCUCUUUGCAAAUAUAUAAGCAUGGUUGUAAUUAUAUUAAUUGCCACAAAUCUGUAAAUCAAUACCACUUUGCUACUA